CAGCCAAAGCAGUCCCAACCUGGAUCCUUUCGCCCGUAUGCAUAGAGAUGUUGUGAAUCUCAUCUUACAUUAUCUCUCACUUCCGGAUCUCGCUUGUUGCGAGUGUGUGUGCAAAGGUUGGAGAGACACCAUCCACUGGUGGGUAGCAGCAUUUGGAUUCCAUGUCCAUUUUCCGCAUAUUAUCUGGGAUCUCCAACGAGAGUCAAACAUGGCAAUCUGGGAGGCGUUCAAAGUCCAAGCCCGUCAACAACAUUGCAUUCGGUCAGGAAAACCAUCAUCAAUGCAAGAGUUCAGCUUCCGGAGUUACUAUGAUAUGACCAUCGUGGGAAACUUUGUAGCUGGUCAGAGUAGCACACAUGAACAAACUGUAUCUUGGCAUCAACUUGCUGUUCCCGGUGGCGCAGUUGUGCAUACUAAAGAAGUUGCCCUCAAGAAGGUCUGGAGGGUUCAUGUGGUCCUGAUGUACCUUGAGAUGAAUCAGGAGGGCCUUUUACUCCUGCGGCUCGGGGAGACAGGGAAACACCGUGCCAGAAGUGCUAUCUAUUCGCCCAUUGAUGGCAAAACUGUGUGGCGGCAAGACCACAGGCACAAUGACCCAAGGUAUGGUGUUCCAGGCGAGCUCACUCCGCUCUUAAUAGGGAGGUCUGUCCUGCAUUGCGCGAGACGGGGCUCAAACCGUGACACUUUUGAUCUUGUUGGCAUCGACUUCCGAGCCAGCAACCCCACUGUUAUUUACGAGUCAUCCGUCGUCGGGGCAAGAAACUGGGCCCAGAACAAAUCUUGCAGACGGCUUGUACUCAUUGGUGAGCAGCAUGAGCUUGUGGUGCUAAGUGGUAAUGAGCAGUGGGUGGGAACGGGGACGAUUUCGAUUCUUAAUGGCGAAAAUGGCCAGCUUCUCUUCCAGUUCGACGGUGGGCCCGCCCAUUUCCAUGGCCGUAAACUAGUGGCGCAGCCGACUAUCAACCAGUUUUCGAUACAAACAGUGCCAGCACGCGUCCGGCUGGGCGAUGCUGUACAGCCCUGGGAAGCCCAUGCAGAAGCAGUACGGGACUUUAUUAUCAUGCAGACGUUUUCAUUCGCUUUUUCUGGGUCUGACAGCAGCAGCAUCAGCAUACUCAGAUUGGGCACAGAUGUGGUUCUCAGCCCAUGCAGUAAUCACAUGAUUGCCAUUCAGCCCUUUGCAAAAGUAGCCGUCGCGCUACAGUCCGACGAUAACAGCAUUCUGAGCGACCGGAUUCUGAGCUACUCACUUGUCGAAGCAAACGAAACCAGUCUCAUUCAGAUGGCGGAGGCAGUGCUGAAAGCAUCAUGUCCUCCGAAUUCGGCACCCCCGAACUUGCGUCACUGUUUCAUUCUCCAGGAACCGGGACCAAAAUCAGUGUCGGGUCAUCAUUAAGCCAACCGGGACCGCUGGCCCCUGCGCCAGCUAUUCGAAUGCGUUCCCUCGAGGGUUUUGUCGAUGGUGGAUGCCUUUUGUUGGAAGCUUCUGAGGCCCAAGUUUUGCUGAAGUUCUAGGUGGAUCUUUCAACCGUAACUGCGCUUCAAUUCCCGCAGAAUUGACACAAUUGUGAGUGUACGGUGAGUAUCAUACAGAGCUGGUGCCUAUGGAUCCUGCAGGGAUUGAUUAGUUGGUAUUCUGCCUGGCAGUGCUGCUGCAACAGAUGCUUAUGUACAGGGAACUCCCUUUUCUACUGUAGUAUUUAUU